AUGGCUACCCCAGGAAACGUCGGCUUUGGUCGUAGAGUACGAAAUCGCACCGACCAAACAACCUGGAGGACACCAUCAGCGGCGCCGACUAAUGCCACGCUUCUGACUACAACACUCAACAAGAAUACCGCUCACGCUGCGAGACAAGCUCCAAGCCGAGUGGGAACUGGUUUCCCGUCGGCCCUUGUCGACGGUAUGGCCACCUUUGAGCUCAAUGGCGAUCUUAAUUAUGCCAUGUCCUGCCAGGCUGGGAGUAAUUUCACCAAUCGAACAUUCUACCCGACGAAAGCCGAGAACUGGCGAGUCGGCCAGGUUGUGAAUUUUCAGCAUAUCGUGCCGGCGCUUGAUCCUAAUCAAACAGGCUGGAACAAAUAUCGAGUCAAGACCGAGAUUGGACCCAUCUGUCCAAAACCCCGAUAUGCAGUAAUUGUCAAGAUCUACAAGACAAGGAUGAUUGUGCUUCCUAUCUACAGCUGUGAUAAGAAAGGCAUCUCGAAUAAAAGUGUUCAGUACAAGGCGACUGCAUUCUCCGUCUGGAACCCUAUGGACAACGACGAAGAAUACCGCUCCAAGCUGACUAAAGACCCACUAAAGAUCUCAGGCGAGAAGAGUUUCUCCCCUGGAUCCCACAUUAAUCUCAAUGAGCCGUGCAGCGUUGGGUAUGCAUGGAGACUAACAAAGAUUGAUAUGCUCGACGAAGAAAGCACGAAAAGACUUGUGACAUGGUACAAUAUCGGCCAAAGCAUGGCUGAUCAACCCAUUAACACGCAAGAGCGCUGGUUCGAACAAGAAGUCGAGAAGGCCAAGAACCCGAAGCAGGUAGGUACUGAGGGAUGGAAGGAAGCACCAGCUCCUCCACUGUUUGCGGGUUCCUACGCAAGCAAAGCCACUGCCGCAAGUCGAUGGAGGAGGUAA